CUACCUGUCACACCUGAGCCAGCAGUUUGUGUAGUCAGAGGAGCACAGAUAGGGCUCCAUGCUGGGGCCUGGGCUGCCCAGCCAUGCUCUGCGCACUCUGGCCAAGGUGGCUGGCAGGCAAGAUGUUGCCCCUCCUGGGGGCAGUGCUGCUUCGGAAGACCGAGAAGAGGGGCCCUCCUUGGAGGCACUGUUGGCGGGAAACCCACCCAUACUAUGACCUCCAGGUGAAGGUGCUGAGGGCCACAAACAUCCGGGGCACAGACCUGCUGUCCAAAGCUGACUGCUACGUGCAACUGUGGCUGCCCACGGCAUCCCCCAGCCCUGCCCAGACUAGGAUAGUGGCCAACUGCAGUGACCCCGAGUGGAAUGAGACCUUCCAUUACCAGAUCCAUGGCGCUGUGAAGAAUGUCCUGGAGUUCACCCUUUAUGACAAGGACAUCGUGGGCAGUGACCGGCUCUCCCAGCUCCUGUUUGACCUGAGGAGCCUCAAAUGUGGUCAACCCCACAGACACACCUUCCCACUCGACCACGAGGAUUUACAAGAGCUGCAGGUGGAAUUCGUUCUGGAGAAGAGCCAGGUACCUGCGUCUGAAGUCAUCACCAACGGGGUUCUGGUGGCUCACCCCUGUCUGAGAAUCCAGGGCACACUCCAGCAAGAUGGGACAGCCCCACGUCAAGAGUUCGGCUCUAGGCAGCUUCAGCUGGCAGUGCCUGGGGCCUAUGAGAAGCCACAGCUCUUGCCUCUGCAGCCUCCUGCAGAGCCAGGCCUCCCACCCACCUUCACCUUCCACGUGAACCCAGUGCUGAGCUCCAGGCUGCACGUGGAGCUGACAGAGCAGCUCGCAGCUGUGCAGAGUGGCCCCAGCGCGGAGCUGGAGACUCAGACCAGCAAGCUGGGUGAGGGAGGCAUCCUGCUCUCCUCUCUGCCCCUAGGCUGGGAGGAACAGCGUUCUGUGGCCCUGGGGGAGGGUCAGGAAGUGGCUCUGAGUGUGAAGGUGGAAAUGAGCUCGGCGGACCUGGACCUACGCCUUGGCUUUGACCUCUGUGAUGGGGAGCAGGAGUUUCUGGACAGGAGGAAGCAGGUCGUGUCCAAGGCCCUGCAGCAGGUGCUGCGAUUGAGUGAAGCGCCGGACAGUGGCCAGGUGCCUGUAGUGGCUGUGUUGGGUUCCGGGGGUGGAACCCGAGCCAUGUCUUCUCUGUAUGGCAGCCUGGCAGGGUUGCAGGAGCUCGGCCUCCUUGACACUGUGACCUACCUGAGUGGGGUCUCUGGAUCCACCUGGUGCAUCUCCACACUCUACAGGGACCCAGUCUGGUCCCAGGUGGCCUUGCAGGGCCCCAUUGAGCGUGCCCAGGUUCGUGUCUGCAGCAGUAAGAUAGGAGCUUUGUCCACGGAGCAGCUACAGUACUACACUCAGGAACUUGGAGUCCGGGAGCGCAGUGGCCACAGUGUGUCCCUCAUCGACCUCUGGGGCCUUCUCGUGGAGUAUUUCCUGUACCAGGAGGAGAACCCUGCCAAGCUGUCUGACCAACAAGAGGCGGUCCACCAGGGUCAGAACCCUUACCCCAUUUACGCCGGUGUCAACGUCCGAACCAACAUCAGUGGGGAAGACUUUGCAGAGUGGUGUGAGUUCACCCCCUAUGAGGUCGGCUUCCCCAAGUAUGGGGCGUAUGUUCCCACCGAGCUCUUCGGCUCAGAGUUCUUCAUGGGACGAUUGCUGCAGCUCCAGCCCGAGCCCCGAAUCUGCUACCUGCAAGGUGUGUGGGGCAGUGCCUUUGCUGCCAGCCUGGAUGAGAUCUUCCUAAAGACUGCCGGCUCAGGCCUCGGCUUCCUGGAGUGGUACAGAGGCAGUGUGAAUAUCACAGACGACUGCCAGAAGCUUCAGCUGCACGACCCCUCGAGGCUUCGAACUAGGCUUCUCACUCCCCAGGGGCCCUUCUCCCAGGCUGUGCUGGACAUAUUCACCUCCCGCCUCACUUCCGCCCAGAACUUUAACUUCACCCGGGGCCUUUGCUUGCACAAGGACUAUGUGGCUGGCAGGGAGUUCGUGACCUGGAAAGACACACACCCGGAUGCCUUCCCCAACCAGCUCACUCCCAUGCAGGACUGUCUGUACCUGGUGGACGGAGGCUUUGCCAUCAACUCCCCGUUCCCACUGGCUCUGCUGCCUCAGAGAGCGGUGGACCUCAUCCUGUCCUUCGACUAUUCCUUGGAAGCCCCUUUUGAGGUCUUGAAGAUGACGGAGAAGUACUGCCUGGACAGAGGAAUCCCUUUCCCUACCAUCGAGGUGGGCCCUGAGGACAUGGAGGAGGCCCGUGAGUGCUACCUGUUUACCAAGGCCGAGGACCCCCGCUCGCCCAUCGUGCUGCACUUCCCCCUUGUUAACAGCACCUUCCGCACACACCUGGCCCCAGGUGUGGAGCGACAAACAGCUGAGGAGAAGGCCUUUGGGGACUUUAUCAUCAACAGGCCAGAUACCCCCUAUGGCAUGAUGAACUUCACCUAUGAGCCCCAGGACUUUGAUCGGCUGGUGGCCCUGAGCCGGUACAAUGUUCUAAAUAACAUGGAGACCUUGAGGUGCGCCCUCCAACUGGCUCUGGACCGGCAGAAGGCUCGGGAGAGGGUUGGGGGCUGACCAAGGCAGGAGACGGAGGACUGUGACCCAGAGGAGACACCUGCUCAAGGCCAGGGUGUGUAGAGGGAGGAGCAAUGGGAACUCUGUGCGGGGUCUGCUGCCCUUCUCUCUAGCACCUGCCUCAAGGGGCCCCAGGCCCUGGAAAGCUCUUGCAGAAUUGCAGCUUGGACUUGCAGCAGUGGUCUCCUUGUGUGUUUCUUGGAGAAGAUGGGGCAGUAGAUCUCUCCGGGGGAUCUUGGGGAAUCAAGGACAGAAGACAGCAACACUCAUUUCACAGCCGGGUAUGGAGAGAAUCAGGUACACCGCAGGGCCCACCCCAGGCACAGAAGGACCUCAGAGGGCCCAGGUCCUCAGAGCCACACAGAACAGGGGCUGAGGGUGCUGAGGUGCCAGCUGUCGUCCUUACACAGAGACGAAUGCGCCCAUACUUCCUGCAGAAUGGCCCAAGCCCCAACCCCACCUCAAGCUCCUGGAUGCCCUGCUCUCAAGAAUCAAGAACAACGAGGGGCUGGGUGGGUGACUCCAUUGUCCUAACCCUCCUCCUGCUUUCUGGCCUCCUCAUGCCUCCUCCCAGAUCACCCUUUGCUUCCCAGCAUCCUAAAGCCUGUGGGGUGCUCCAGGUGGGAGAUGUGCACAUGUCCCCCUGCUAAUCACCCAUGCUUCAACCCUUGAGUGUGUGCCACAGUCUCUGGUCAUGUGCGUGGUGGCCACGUUAUGCAGAUAUAGUCUCACCAUUCCCAGGAGCUAAA